CGGGCCGGCGCGGAUAGAGCCGCGGCCACAGUGGGGCGGGGGGCGCCUCUGAGGAGGGGGUGGGAGCCGCGGCCGUCCGACCCUCCCCGCCGGCGGCGGCUCCCGCUCGGGAGCUCGGCUCUCUCGGUGCCACACUGGGAUCCGCCUGGCAGCCGCCGGGAGCCGCAGCCAAUGUGUUAGGACUUCAGGUGCUUUUUGGCACAAAGCUAGACUGCGACCUCCUACCAUAGCGCUUGGCGUCACCUGCUCUCCCGGCCCUGCCCCGGGGCCGAGGGAUUGCGUCCCGAACCAGGCUUGGGAACCGGCUGCCUCUCAAAUGAACCUCUAGUCUUGCUUUGAAAAAGCCAUUUUGUGUAACUCUUGACUGAAUAAUUUCCUAAUACACCUGUUGGGAGGAUCACUGAUACAGUAUGCCAUUUGAGAGGUACUUUUUCUUGACCAAAUACUCUCUUGGUGAUUAGAGAAGAGAGGUGUUUUGUUUUUUUGUUUGUGUUUUCCUGGUCAUUAUGAACAUUGGCUUUUCACCCCUGAAGUAAAAAUGUUGAAAACCGAGUCUUCAGGUGAACGAACCACUCUCAGAAGUGCCUCUCCUCACAGGAAUGCAUAUAGAACUGAGUUCCAGGCACUGAAAAGUACCUUUGACAAACCCAAGUCAGAUGGGGAACAAAAAACAAAAGAAGGUGAGGGCUCCCAGCAGAGCAGGGGGAGGAAAUAUGGCUCCAAUGUCAACAGAAUUAAAAAUCUAUUUAUGCAGAUGGGUAUGGAACCCAGUGAAAAUGCUGCGGUCAUUGCCAAAACAAGGGGGAAAGGUGGACCUUCAUCUCCACAGAGAAGAAUGAGGCCCAAAGAAUUCCUGGAAAAAACAGAUGGCUCAGUUGUUAAGUUGGAGUCCUCUGUUUCAGAACGAAUUAGUAGAUUUGACACAAUGUACGAUGGCCCUUCAUAUUCUAAGUUCACAGAAACUCGGAAGAUGUUUGAGAGAAGUGUGCAUGAGUCAGGACAAAACAGCCGCUAUUCCCCAAAGAAAGAGAAAGCUGGAGGGAAUGAACCUCAGGACGAAUGGGGUGGCUCCAAGUCCAACAGAGGCAGUACUGAUUCCUUGGACAGCCUUAGCUCCCGGACGGAGGCUGUUUCCCCAACUGUGAGUCAACUGAGUGCAGUAUUUGAGAACACUGAUUCCCCCAGUGCCAUGGUUUCUGAGAAGCCUGAAAACGAAUACUCAGUGACUGGGCAUUAUCCCCUGAAUCUACCGUCUGUUACUGUUACAAAUCUUGACACCUUUGGUCACCUUAAGGAUUCAGAUUCUUGGUCUCCUCCAAGCAAACACGGUGAUGAUGCAGAGGAUGCUCAGAAGAGUAAUAUAAGUCCGGUACCAGAAGUGGCUUCGAAAAGUACCUCUCUAGCUUCAGUGCUUGGUGAAGAAACACAGCAGAGCAAGGAAGCCGAGGACUCCACAUCUAACCAAGAGACUCCUGACAGAAUUGACAGAGAUCUUCCUGAGGAACCUUGUGCUGCAAAUAAGGCGAUGCCACAGUCUGAAAUCCUUUCACCACAAAAUGUACCUUUAGAAGAUGCCGAAGCUAAUUUAGUUGGGAGUGAGGCAGCAAUGCAUCAGAAGAAAGAACUUGCAGGUGGUGAUUUUACCUCUGCUGAUGCUCCUGGAUCCAGUUGUGGAAAGGAAGUACCCGAAGAUUCAAAUAAUUUUGAGAGUUCCCAUGUUUACAUGCACAGUGACUAUAAUGUGUAUAGGGUAAGAUCCAGGUAUAAUUCAGACUGGGGAGAGACAGGCACUGAACAGGAUGAGCAGGAAGAUAGUGAUGAAAACAAUUACUAUCAACCAGAUAUGGAAUACUCGGAAAUUGUUGGAUUGCCAGAAGAAGAAGACAUCCCAGCAAAUAGGAAAAUUAAAUUUAGUAGUGCUCCAAUUAAGGUUUUCAGCACAUACUCCAAUGAAGACUAUGACAGGAGAAACGAUGAAGUGGACCCCGUGGCUGCUUCUGCCGAGUAUGAACUUGAAAAGCGUGUAGAAAAGCUGGAACUUUUCCCAGUGGAACUAGAAAAAGAUGAGGAUGGACUUGGUAUAAGCAUUAUUGGAAUGGGUGUUGGAGCAGAUGCCGGGCUUGAAAAGCUGGGAAUAUUUGUCAAAACAGUAACAGAAGGUGGUGCUGCCCAGAGGGAUGGCAGAAUACAAGUCAAUGACCAGAUUGUGGAAGUGGAUGGAAUCAGCUUGGUGGGUGUCACACAGAAUUUUGCUGCAACAGUUCUCAGAAACACCAAGGGCAAUGUCAGAUUUGUUAUUGGGCGAGAAAAGCCAGGACAAGUGAGUGAGGUUGCCCAGUUGAUAAGCCAGACGCUGGAACAAGAAAGGCGCCAGAGAGAGCUGCUGGAACAGCACUAUGCCCAGUACGAUGCUGACGAUGAUGAGGUAACGAUGGAGGAUUUCAGUAAGCCCCUCACACAGUCAGCACUAUCCCACGAAAUUCUGGGGAACACUGUGGCUGAAUUGCAAGGAGUGUCUGGCAACUGCAAUAACAAUAACAACUAUUUCCUUAAGACAGGAGAAUAUGCCACAGAUGAAGAAGAGGAUGAGGUAGGACCUGUUCUUCCCGGCAGCGACAUGGCCAUUGAAGUCUUUGAGCUGCCUGAGAAUGAGGACAUGUUUUCCCCAUCAGACCUGGACACCAGCAAGCUCAGUCACAAGUUCAAAGAGUUGCAAAUCAAACAUGCAGUUACAGAAGCAGAGAUUCAAAAAUUGAAGACCAAGCUGCAAGCAGCAGAAAAUGAGAAAGUGAGGUGGGAACUAGAAAAAACCCAACUCCAACAGAAUAUAGAAGAAAAUAAAGAGAGAAUGUUGAAGCUGGAGAGUUACUGGAUUGAGGCUCAGACGUUAUGCCACACGGUGAACGAGCACCUCAAAGAGACUCAAAGCCAGUAUCAGGCCUUGGAGAAGAAAUACAACAAGGCAAAGAAAUUGAUCAAGGAUUUUCAACAAAAAGAACUUGAUUUCAUCAAAAGACAGGAAGCAGAAAGAAAGAAAAUAGAAGAUUUGGAAAAAGCUCAUCUUGUGGAAGUUCAAGGUCUGCAAGUACGGAUUAGAGAUUUGGAAGCUGAGGUGUUCAGACUACUGAAGCAAAAUGGGACUCAAGUUAACAAUAACAACAACAUCUUUGAGAGAAGAACAUCUCUUGGUGAAGUCUCUAAAGGAGAUACCAUGGAGAACUUGGAUGUCAAGCAGACAUCUUGUCAAGAUGGCCUAAGUCAAGACUUGAAUGAGGCAGUCCCCGAAACAGAGCGCCUGGAUUCAAAAGCACUGAAAACCCGAGCCCAGCUCUCUGUGAAGAACAGACGCCAGAGGCCCUCUAGGACACGACUCUAUGAUAGUGUCAGUUCAACAGAUGGGGAAGACAGUCUGGAACGAAAGCCUUCAAACAGUUUCUAUAACCACACGCACAUUACCAAAUCACUUCUGCCCAAGGGUUUGAGAACUUCUCCAGAAUCAGAUUCUGGUGCUCCAUCCCUCACUCCAGUGGCAGGCAAUGUGCCCUUCUCGUCUGACCACAUAACUGAAUUUCAAGGAGGACAGCUGCACCCAGAACAGGAGCCUUCCUCCUCUACGUGGGGAGACACUUCACUCUCCUCUCCUUCAAAAUCUGAUCAUGAUACGGAAGAAUCUCCUUGCCACCAUCAAGCCACAGCCAAGCAAAUAUCACAAGAGAAAGAUGGUGCCAAAGAUCCCAAAUCACUGAGGGCAUCCAGUUCACUGGUGGUGCAAGGAGGAAAAAUUAAGCGCAAGUUUGUGGAUCUGGGGGCACCUUUGCGAAGGAAUUCCAACAAGGGAAAGAAAUGGAAAGAAAAAGAAGCCAAUAGGUUUUCUCCAGGUAGCAGGAUCUUCAGAGGCAGGCUGGAACACUGGAAACCGAAGCCAUCCCCCACAGCGCAGGUCACCACCCGCUCACCAUGCAUGCCUUUCUCGUGGUUUAACGAAAGCCGAAAAGGAUCCUAUUCCUUCAGAAACCUGCCUUCACCUACAAGUCCCCUUCAGCCUUCUCCUGAAACUCUAAUUUCAGAUAAAAAAGGGUCCAAGAAUUUUACCUUCAAUGAUGACUUCAGUCCCAGCAGCACCAGUUCGGCAGACCUGAGCGGCCUAGGAGCAGAACCCAAAACUACGGGGCUCUCCCAGUCCUUAGUGCUGUCAUCAGAUGAGAGCCUGGAUAUGAUAGAUGACGAGAUCCUUGAUGAUGGACAGUCUCCCAAACACAGUCAGUGUCAGAAUCGGGCCGUUCAUGAAUGGAGCGUGCAGCAGGUUUCUCACUGGCUAAUGAGCCUAAAUCUGGAGCAGUAUGUAUCUGAAUUCAGUGCCCAAAACAUCACUGGAGAGCAACUCCUGCAGUUGGAUGGAAAUAAACUUAAGGCUCUGGGAAUGACGUCAUCCCAGGACCGAGCAGUGGUAAAAAAAAAACUGAAGGAAAUGAAGGUAUCUCUAGAGAAGGCUCGGAAGGCCCAAGAGAAAAUGGAAAAACAAAGAGAAAAGCUGAGGAGGAAGGAACAAGAACAAAUGCAGAGGAAGUCUAAAAAGAAUGAAAAGAUGACAGCUGCCACAGAGGGCGCUGGUGAGCAGUAACACACACCCUCUCUCAGACAAGUCUCCCCUCUUCCUGCCCCACUCUCCUCCGGAGGAUUAAGGAACUGAUGGCAGGGAUGAUGUGCGCUAGGCAGAUGGGGGAACCAUGUGUUGCAUAACUGCAUUUUCUGCAAUAAUCGAAUACUAUUUUAAUUUUUGCCUACUGAAAUAAUCCCAAGCCUCCUUUGGUUUCUUGCCAAACCAAGGAUCUCAUUUGUGAAAGAUGCAAAAUAGCUGUGUUUCUCUCUCUCUUACUAUGCCCUUGUGUUGUGUUGGGUGGGUUGCGUUGCUUGGAAAAUGGAUGUCACCCUGCCCAACAAAAGCGUGAAACACCCCAGGUAUUGUUAAUGGAAGGCCGUGACUUUUCAGUCUGGGAAUCCUGAAACUGGGCAAUAGCACAUAUCUGCAUGGCCGAGAGCACCACUCUGCCAUGAGAUCUGGGCUCCAGAAUCUACCCCAGCAUGUGGGAAAGUUUCCCCCUCAUUUUUGUGUCUGGACAGUGAGACAACCCCACUGUAGAAACAUGGGUGCUCUGUAACAUGAUUACGUACUGUGGCCAAAGGCAAGCAAACUCUUCUGUUUGCGGGGCAUCAGAAAGAGAGAAGAGAAUUAUAGUUAUUUGUUAACCCCAGAAGGAAGCAAAAAGCCUUAAGAAUGUGGAUGUGGGUAUUACCUUGGGGUUCUGAGAGUAACAUUUAUCCUCCAGAUUUAGCUGAACAAAGAAAAAAAUCAGACAUUAGCACAGCCAUGGGAUAUUGGGAUCCAUUGUUUACUUUGCUACUGCUGCAUGUUCAGUACUUCAGCAACACUGACACACAUAAUGUAGUUCCUUUUUCCCCCAACAAAUUGAACAGGAAAUUGAUUUUUAAGGAAACCAACAUUUUCAGGUUUCCUCUCGUGGGGAACAUUCUGGCUAGUCUUCGGCCUGACUGUGACACAAUCAGGAACUUGUCACAUAUUUUCUACUUAAGAUUUCCCAAGUGGGCUCAGUUAGUGUUUUAACAAAUGUACUUUUAAGAAAAAUAGAAAUACCAGUUAGAGAAAAUUUAGAUUUGAGUAACGUUCAACCAGAGAAGCUAUUUUAUUGAGCACACGGAAUGUUCCCGUAAAGGAGAGCUGACAGUUACAUUUUAGAGAUGUUUCGAAUGGUUUUUCUGAGCCAUUCUCUUUCACUCUUUAGAGAUUUCCACUUUACGGUUCAAGUUUGUUUAAGAGAGUACACAGGAUACAGUCUACCAGUGGAGACAGUUAAUACUUAUUUUAAACCCACUAUUAAGGAUUUCAGUAUUUCAUCAAAUUAAUUCAAGUGUAGGAGAUUAGGACAGAAGGAGGCAAAAAUAAAUUUAUCUGGAGAGAUUUCAAAUGAUUGGUUGUUGUUUGUUGUUUUGCUUUUUAUGCUUGUGUUUCUGGUUGUCUUUCCUACGUUGGCUGUAAAAACAAGGUCAUCCACUUUCCAAGGGACGAGUUUCAAAAUAAGAGUUGAGGCCAGAUAAAUUCUUGGACUUGUAUUUUACUUCCUUUACUACAUGGUGGGGGUAAUGGUGGGGGUGGGGGCGGGGGGAAUGGGACCUCUGUCCAUAUCUUUCACUAGAAAUGUUGUAUACACAGAGCUUGAGGGAAGGCUUUUGAAGGUUACAGGUCAUAGAUAAUGUAAAAGGGCUCUUGCCCAUAUAGCACCAUCUUGUAUUUUGAAUAUUGUGAUUUUUUUUUUGCUUGCUUGAAUAUCUGAAAUCUGGAAUUGGCCGAACUAGAAAUUUAUAAUGCUGUUCUUUCCCUAAGGCCUGUUUCCUUUUCAGUGACAGAGUAUUGUCUGUUAUACUUCAGUCCUUUUGUCGCUGGUACAGAUCAUUCAGUACUCAGAAACAUUGACACAAGUUAAUAUUGUGUUUUACAAUUAUCAGAGUCACUAUGUAUGUUUUUCUGACUAUCUUCAUUUGGAGUAUGAUAAUGAAACUGCCAUACUGGAUACUCUAUUAAUAUUUGAGAUGUGUGGUGCUUUGCUCUUUAUUAAUAUCAUGAGAAACAAGGAACCACCACUAUUCAUGAGCUACAAAAUUCAGCAGAUCUUCUCUAAUACUAAAAGACUACAUUAGUCAAAAUCUGGGAAUACUAGUGCUUGCUAUUGUAAAUUUUGACCAUUUUUGCUUAUCUUUGGGGGAGAAAAGGUGAUCUGGAUCACACUGGAAGUUUUUCUCUGUAUUCAUUUUAAGAGUGGAAAUAGAGGAGGAUUAUUUUAAGUUAUGUUUAUAUUUUGGUGUUAUUUGAGAAUGGAUGUACAUACUGGAAAUGUCUGUAAGUCUCAGUCUGCACAUAAUUUAUUGCAUUUUCUUAAAUGUCUUAAAAGUAUUGUUCUUGAACUUUAUUUGUACACUUCCAAUGUUUAGGUCAGUGAUCAACUGAAAAUAUUAUAAAGCAAAUUCUUAUUCCUCAAAUCACUUAGUUUGUAUUGUAACUAUUUUGGUUUGUUAAGUUAAGUUAUGGUAAUUUUAGGUCUUAGCGAGUUACUUUAAUAUUAUUACUACUUAAAACUGCUGAAACCGUAAAAGGUACUCGAUUUGACUGUCCGACAAAGGACAGAGUGUAAACUGAUUGAUCAAAGAGUGUGAAAACAAAGUGCAGGACCUCAGAUCUUAUGAACAUUUGGUUUUUGUAUUAUUUCUUCUCUUGACUCUAGUGCAUGAUGCCUGACCGGGGUUCCAGUGUCUUCAACAAUUCCUACUUUAAUGCUAGUGCUCUUCAGCGUCCAUACAGUUUAACACAGAAUUGUUGCUUCAUGAUCCUUAAAGACUUUGCAGUUUUUUAUUUAUCAGCAAAUGAACAAAAAGGGAGUAUCUGGUUACUAUGAAUUAUAUUUCCUAAAUGACAGCUCAGUAUGACCUUAACAAUAGCCACAUUGUUUUGGGGUAUAGGUAAUGCUUUGGGGGUUAGGGAAUGCGUGGUGAGGCCAAGCCGUAGACAGGGAGCAUUGUAUGGGCUGAAUGUCUAGGCAGAGUUUUCCAUUAAAGGACUUUAGUUAUUAUAACAGAUUAUUCAAGACCACCUCUCUUAAAGUAACUCACAGUUUAUGUACUAGUUUUCUCAUUCUUUUCUUUUUUUUUUUCUGCCUGAAUCGGAAGUGUACGUCAGAGUGAUACAUUAGGGCAGAAACUGAACUUUGCUCCUUCUGAUACACUGAUGAAGUCCGCCAUUAAUUUCAUGACAAUAAAGCUAUCGUUCUAGGCUAGCCUUCUUAGCUGGGGUUGACCUGGAUUUCUGGCCCUCAACAUCAAAGAAGCAUCUUUAACCCAGAGACAGACAGACAGUUCGUGAUUGCAGUAUUACAGUGCUCAUUCCAAACUUAGCUUUUUAAGGGGCCUGAAAUGGGAAUAACCUACUUUGUGUUUCUUUGUUGUUGUUGGGAACAAAGUGGCAAGAGGACAGGAGAGGAACCAAAUUAACCCUUGCUGCUGCUUUUCAUCCUCUAGUCCUCUCUAGCCCGAAAUCUUAAGCUCUCCCAGGCCCAAGCUACCAUCAUAGGUUGUUGGAUAUAGCCCCUCAAUUAGCCCUUAUGGUUUUGGCUAAAGACAAAGAAUUCUCGACUAGGUUUUUUUGUGUAAUAGGAUUAACAUGUGCUUUAAAAUUAUAUUUUUAAAAAGUAAAUAAAAUACUGCAUUUAUAUGGAUAUUCAAACUCAAUUAUAAAUAUUAAAGGUUCUAUAGACCAGGCUUCAAGAGAAGAAACCCAGUGUUUGAAGAUUCUAAAGAGAGAUGUCCCAACAAUUCUGGAACAAGUGUUUAUAAUCUGGAUAUGUGGUAGCCCCUCAUUACAUUGGCGUAUUCAAGAAUUACCAAAUUCCAUCUGAGCCAUUAAAGUUACUGUCCUAGCAGGGCCCUGGUGAGGGGCAUUUCACUCUGGUGGACAGCAGGCACUACGGUUCAAGUCACUUGGUUAAUGGUAAGUCCUCAGUGCUUUCUGAAUGAAAGGUGAAAUGGAAAAGAAAAGCUCAGGCUUUUUAAAAAAUAUCUUUUCAAAUUUACCUUUGAUCAAGGAUCUACCUGUACACUCUUCUGAAGCUAAGCAUUUAAGGAGAAAGUCCAGAAAUAAAAUGUCCAUAUUUUCCACUAGAAUUGUUUUUUUUUUAUUAUGAUAACGGGGGUGGGGAGUAAAUUCUCAAAAGAAAACAGUAUUGUAAGAAAUAUGAAUGUGCUUCAGUGACUCAUUCCUGGAAAAGAGCCUGGGUAUAUAGACAGAUUUUUUAAAAAACUAUAUUUGUCUUAGGUAUUUAAAGUCUCAGGAAGUUUAGUUUUGGCUCAAAACACUGGGGAAAAAAUAAUACUGGACAGUGCACUAGUAGUAUUUGAAUAACUUAUAGUAGCAACAGAAUAGAUCCAUCCAACCAGGAAGUCAGAGGGCAAGGGAAAAGCUUACAGAAUCAAUUUCUCCCUGGAAAUAAAAGCAUCAAGUUCCACCUUAUGGUAAACAGAGGGUCUUUAAGUGCUUGUGCGUGAGUGUCUGUGUGGAUGUGUUGAGGGAAUGGUUGUUACUUGAAGGCUCGCCUAGUUGAGUGGCCUGUGACCUGCUUCCACAUCUACAGAGUGGGGAAGGAAAGAAAUGUGAUGAUUUCCGAUCCUUGGCCCUGCCCCAACCCCAACCCCAAAACUUCUAGAGAUUCAAGAAUGAAUGAGAGGUAAAAAAAUAAGAGAACCAGAGGCAACUUGUCAAUAAUGUGCAUGCUGUGUGUGGAGAUGUACAGAACUACAUAUGUGUGAAUAUAUUUCCACCUUACACGCAUACAUAUAUACAUACAUAUGCACACACGCACACACACACACACACACACACUGCAAUCACAUGGCAUAAAAUAUAUGUACAUUGUAUAAGGAACUUGGUAAUGUCAGUUAGGACUCCAAGCAGUAAUCAUAGCCUUAUCGCCACUUUGUGUGUGUGUAUACAUGGAAUGGCUCAUAAGAUUUUAAGAGAUUUUUUUAAUGUAAGUAUUUCUACUAAAUGCACUUAUCCUUCUACAUGUUUAUAUAUUUUGGUAAAAUUGAUUUACUAGAUACUUGGUAUUUUAGUAAGAUAAAGUUUCCUCAAAUGUUUAGUUAAUGCUUUGUUGUCAAGAUUGCACAUUGCUGAGUUGAACCUCAGAAACGUAGGCAGCUUUGGGCAUUUUCAACUGGAGACCGCAGUCUCUUGGCUAAAAAUUAUACCUGUGUUCUUGUGCAUUCGCUCAUGCUCUUCGAUGAUGUACUUGGUAGCUAUGAUGCUUAAGCCACUAACUACUGGCUCUCUGAUGGCAGUGUUGCCAUCACACGGUCAUUUCUUUACUUUUUUUUGUGGAGCGAUGGCAUGGUUAGGUCAUUGCCAAAUAUCACGCAAGUGGAUAUGAGCGUGCGUAUGUUGUUGGAAGGUGUGCCCUUCUCUUUCUUUCAGCUGCUUUAUCCACAUACCCAGGUUUUCUGCUAAGGAUGUAACCGUUCAUCCAUGAAAGAACAAUUGGCCAAAAAUAGUUAAAUUACCUUGACAAGUGGGAAUUAACAGGCACUCCAACUAGAUGACACCUACCAACAACAUCAGGUUUAGUUAGUGCUUUGCAAAGCCCCUUAAGUAUAUGUGUGUGUAUGUUUUCCUUAAUAUUAUUUAUGGUUAUCACAAUCAUUGCUUUUGUAUUUUUAAUGGUGUCGCAGUUAAGCCACUUGUACAUCUGCUACAUAUCACUAACAAAACCAGCCAGCUGAAAAGAGAAACAAGAGAGAAUGAAUUCUAUUCCAUUUUAAGAAGUUGAUUUAUUUUAAUCUUUCUUUAUAUAUCACUAAAGGAAAAGAGUUGUUUGAAAAUCAUUUUGCGUCCGAUAAGUAUGGAUAGCAUGCUAUCUGAAACUUUUAAUUUGUACAUUUUGGUGUCUGAUCAUUUGCAUGGAAGAGACAAUAUAGUGCCACGUCUGAAUUGUUCUCUUGUGCUUGGUUAAUAUGUACUUCUCUAGAUUGUUCCGUUUCAAACGACAUUUCUUACUCUUUGGUUUUCAGAGGCGUUCAAAGCAAACUAUCACAAUGGUCCUCUGUUUUGUGACCAAUCUAAAAAUACCUGUGAUUACAUUUAAUUUGUCAGUGUAAAUAAAUCUCUUGCCAAUGAGUAUUAUUGUUGUCAGACAACGAAUGCAAUAAAAAGAGAAAUACGGAUA